AUGGCCGCCUCCCUCGCGUCUCCCCGCGGGCACCGGAGGCAGCGGCAAGGCUCCACCGGGGGAAGCCCCCGCUCAAGACGAGCCUCGCUGCCGCAGCGGAUCCGGAGGCGACCCGAGGAGCCUCGCGCGGCAGCCCGGAAGCCUCGUCCGCUCGCGGAGGUACCUCUCGGCCACGUGAUCGCGUUCCCCGCCCCUAAUUGGAGAAGGGGCGAAAGGGCGGUCUCGACAGGCCCGCGGGCGGAAGUGACGCCAGGAGGGGGGGUUGGGCGCGGAGUGCCCGGCGAGAGCAAGAUGGCGGACAAGGAGAAGAAGAAGAAGGAGAGCAUCUUGGACCUCUCCAAGUACAUCGACAAGACCAUCCGAGUGAAGUUCCAGGGCGGCCGGGAAGCCAGCGGCGUCCUGAAAGGCUUCGACCCGCUGCUCAACCUGGUGUUGGACGGCACCGUCGAGUACAUGAGAGAUCCAGAUGACCAGUACAAACUCACCGAAGACACCCGUCAGCUGGGACUGGUGGUCUGCAGAGGGACCUCCGUGGUCCUCAUCUGCCCGCAGGACGGGAUGGAAGCCAUCCCCAACCCCUUCAUUCAACAGCAAGACGGCUGAACCGGUUCGGACUUUAGGAGGAGCAGAAUGCAGUCUCUGGGAAGGAGCCUCGUUUGCAAGAGAAAAUAUUUUUUUAUGCUCUUUUUGUAUAGGAUUUUUCCCCCCCUUUAUUUUGUGUGACACUGUAUGUGGGCCAGAACAUAGUCUUACAACGAGGUGAUGUCUUUUGUCUGCAGCUGUUUUGGACCACCUUUCUGCUGUAAACAAAAGCAAAUUGGAAGGUUCGGUAAAAUAUGCCCGACUACUCUUGUUGAUUCUUGUUCCUUCAAUCGCUGGAUAAACAAUGCAGUUUGCUCCUUAGUUGGGUCCUGUGUCCUCCAGCCUUCGUCUUUGCUGAUAACUCUGUGCUGUUUUCUCAGGAAGGCAUCCAGGACAAGUGAAUAGCAGCCAUGUGAACGCUUAGUUAUAAAAAAAGGUGACAACAUUUGUGUAAUUUGUCAGCAUUCGUCUUCCUUUUCAUUCCUCACUGAAGGAGGAGACUUUUCGAGUUGACAAAUAAUAAAACACCUGCUGAACCUUU